GGUAGUUCUAUUGUUAUAUAUUGUUAAAUGUAAUACUGUUCUAUUUAUAGUGGAGGUAUAGUUCGCAAGACUUCAGUUCAUUCAUUUCAUUCGAACGAUGCAUGUUGUCUUGGGCAGUAUUUCGAUUUGGACAUUAUACGCGUUGGUGUCAUGCGUGUCAGUCUCAUGUCUGUCGAUGGCAAAAAAAGUGAGAUGGGAAUUGGUAUACGACCCGAUGCCGAACGACGAGUCGUUCGAACGGUUCUCCGCCGCCGACCACCACGCAACCGUCAAUGUGAUUCAGCAGCAGGACGACCAGCAGCGGCAGCGAGACGAGCAGCAACAGCAGCAGCAGUUGUGGCGUCACCGAGACGAGCAGCAGCAGCAGCAGCUGUGGCGGCACAGGGACGAGCAGCAGAAACGGCACCACCACCGCCAGCUGCAGCAACAAAAGCGGGAUGAAUGGCAGCAGCGCCGCAGCAGCAGCAAUAGCGGUGAUUCGCGGUACGUCGAUAGCGUGUCAGUGGCGGCGUCCGAAGUUUGCAACUGCACGCAAAGGACAACGAUUCACCGGCUAACCCAAAACCACUACCCCAAAGAACUCCUGUCGGUCACAUGCAGCGGAAACUGGUGCAAGACGGCCUCGUACCUGGUGCCGGUGUUGUUGAAAUCGAACACGCAGCCAGUCGAAAACCAAGAAGACUUGCCGGACGAGUUGCAGCAGAAUGUCAAUCACUGGAAGUUUGACCCCGUAAGCAUCCCGGUUGCCUGUUAUUGUUCAAUUAAAUAAAUGAUAUUUUUGCCUUUGACCUAUAUUAUACCUACAUUAUAAUAGACCAA